AAGGCAGGUUGGGACGGGAAUGGAAUUCAGUUUCCAUAGCUAAACUCACCUCUCAUAAGAGAACAUGACGAUCUUGAGGAGGCAGUCAGGCACGCGGCACGAUGGAACGCAGGCAGCGAACGAUGCAAUCAAGUCCGACGAAGACGAGGAGGACGAGGCAGAGAUUGAAGACCUUCUCUACUCGAUCAUCGCUCGCAAGGAGAUCAGCGUGGCCUGGAAGGACACUUCUCUACCCCACCUUUUGGGGUACGGGUCUGCCUUGUACAUCGUAGAGCAGCUCCUCAUGUACCCUUCGGAUCUGCUCAAGACAAGGCUCCAGGUGGAUCUUCGCCCUACUAACAAGCUGUGGAAGGAUUGGAUCGUUCUCUGCCGGCACAUCUACGGGCGGGAGGGGAUGUACGGCUUCUUCCGAGGCUUCGGCUUCAACACGUUCGCUGGGAUCCCUGCCCAGCUCGCCUACCUCGUGACGUACAACUGGUGCAAGGAGAAAGUGGAGGGGCUGGGAGGAGAGAAGUGGAAGGAGUCUCCGAUCGCGCCCUUGUGCGCAGGAGCGCUUGCGGAGGGCCUUACCUCCUGCUUCUGGGUCCCGCUCGACGUCAUCGUGCAGAAGAUUCAGAUCCAAGGAGGCCUCCCUCCCUCGUGGGAGAAAGGCUCCGGUCCUGCUCACCGACCUGUGGGAUCGCAGUUCAAGGGGGCUCUUUCCGUCGUCAAAGACGUGAUCAAAGAGGACGGAGUCUUCGGCCUGUGGCGAGGGACUGGGGCCCACAUCCUUGCCUUCGUCCCCCAGGCGGCUGUGUGGUGGGCGAGCUAUGAGCAGUCGAAGCAGAUGCUUGCUCGCCGUGCUCCAGAUGCUGUGCAGGGCAUGCCCAUCCACCUCACUGCGGGCAUGAUCGCGGGAGCGGUGAAUGCGAUCGUGACGAAUCCACUUGAUACCAUGAAGGUGAGGGUACAGACGAAGAUCGGUACCGGCACCUCAGGAUGGAACACAAUUACGCAAAUGGUGAAGUCUGAAGGAGUCUCCUCACUUGGAAAGGGGUUGGCUCCCAAGUUGUGGAUGGCAGUUCCUGUGUCCGCGCUCUCUUCCGUCUGCUACGAACUCAUCAUGUCUUUGUCCAAAGUGAAAAGCAAGUGA